AUGUCCCGAUCGCGCCAGUCCACGACCUCCCCCACAUUUCCACGCGCCGCCUCGCACGAAUCUUCUAAGGAAAAUGUCGCGCCUGCGGAUGCAGACGAGUAUGAAGCACAGAGACGACAGAUAGAGCAGCUCAAAGCUGACCUCGGCACCUUGCGCUACACAAUUACCACCGCUGAAGCCGAUCAGGAGAUCGCGCGCGUUCAACAAGAGAAUGAGCUGCGAAAGGCAAGGGCGCUGGCCGAUGACGAGUUCAAGAAGAAGCAGGCGGCAGAGAGUGAGGCGAACGCCGCCCUGAGGCAUGUCGAACGUUUGCAACAAGAACUGCAGGAGCUUCGCGAAACCCAGGAUGGCCAGAAGGCCGAGGUGGAGAAGCGCGCAAAGGCUGCCGAGGACGAGUCCAGGCUUCUGAGGGAGCAGAUCGAGGACCUCAAUGCUGCCAAAGACGAGCAGGCCCGGCUGGAAGAGCGGAAGGUCGCAGAUCUUCAAACCCAGGUCCAAACAGCGAGCAAUCAGAUCGCAAAACUGGAACAGGAUGGCCAAGCAAGGGAGGAGGCCCUGCGCAAUGUCCAAGAGCAGCUGGCGGGCAAGGAUAAUUCCAUCGGGGAGUUGGAGGCAGAGGUUCUGCGGCUAAAGGCCCACACCGGCGACGCCGAUACCAUGGCAAUCAUACGACGGGAGCUCUCUGAGCAAGUUCAGCACAUCCGCCAUCUGGAGGCAACUAACGAAAAACAACUGGCCGAACUCAAACGCCUCCGGCAAACUCACAAGGCCGUGGAGAUCGUCGAGGAGGAGAAGGCCACGCUUUUGAGAAAAUUGGAUGCUGCUGAAGACAUGAGGGCAGAGCUGGGCGAGGAGCGAAGACAGAGGGAACGUUUGGAGGCUGAGCGUCUCGCCUGGGCUGCGUACCUGGAGCAUGAGGGCCAGGCUGAGUUCGACUCGCCUGAAGCCAUGGCUCGAGCGCUGGUGCAGGAGCGUUUCAACUCUGCCUCACUCCUGGAGAAACUCGGCUCGGUUCAGCCCCUGGUUGCGGAGAGGGACGCCUUAAUCAAGGAUCUUGAGGAUGAGAAGGCGAGCCUAGCCACUCAGAUUGAGCAGCUCAAAACGAAUCCAGUCAAUAUCACAUCUGACAAGGCACGCCAACGAUUCGAUCGCCAGCGCGCCCUUGCCGAGAAAGAGGUCGAGUUUCUGCGGGCACAGCUCAAAUCUUACGACAGCGAAGACAUGACACUCCAGCCCGAAGCAUACGACGAAACGAAAGCUCAACGAAUUCAGGAGCUCGAAUCCCUUGUUGACAAGUACAAGGCCGAAGUGACCAACCUCGAAACUGAGCUCCGAUCAGCUGAAUCUUCCAGUAGCAGCCCAGGAGCGGCUGCGGGCAUGAAACGACCACUUCCUACUGAUGAUGCGGCCGAGUCCCAACAACACCACGAACAACUGGGCCAACUUGCGCGUAAGAACCGCAAACUCCAGGACGAUUUUUCGUCGCUAGAGACAAAGCACAAACUGCUUCAGAAAGAGCUCUCUGUCGCUCAGGAGCAGCUCACAGCCGCAAAGCAAUCCAGCAACGUGCGCAUCCUGCAGAUGCGCUCGAACCCGACAGACGACUACCAAUCCACCAAGCAAGCGACCAUCGACGAGCUGCGCAACGAGAACGCAGAGCUGCGUCUCCUCGUUCACGACGGCGAAGCGAGCAAGUUCCCCGUCGUGCCGGUAUCGACGCUUAUCGCCCUGCAGCGGGACCUGCAGACGGCGCGCGACGAGACGGCGUCGGCGCGCAAGAAGUGCCAGCGGCUCAAGGAGGUCUGGACGGACAAGUCGGCCGAGUUCAAGGAGGCCGUCUUCCAGCUGCUCGGGUGGCACGUCACCUUCAUUCCCAGCAACAAGAUGCGCCUCGAGAGCGUCUACUACCCGAGCGAGACGGACGAGCACGAGCGCUCCAUCGUCUUCGACGGCGAGCGCGGCUCCAUGAAGGUUGGCGGCGGGCCCCGGAGCGCCUUUGCCCUCAAGAUCUCCGACACGCGCAAAUAUUGGGUCACGGAGAAGAACUGUAUACCGGGUUUCCUGGCGGCCCUGACCCUUGAGCUGUACGACGAGGCCGUCAGGGAGGGGACCGACAAGUAG